AUGUCUCUAAUGGUGAUUGUUACCUGGGUGCGCCCAGACGUGAGCGCGCGGGUCCCAGGAGUGGCCAGAAGAACGUCCUCCUCCCCCGACUCCAGUUCCGUCUCAGGUACCAGGUGUGCGGUGAUGUACGAGUGGCUCGCCGCGGUGUCCACCAGGGUGUGGACGGGCUACCCAUUGACCAGGACCGGCACACGGAUCAGGCUCCCCGCGUUGUCACCCGAUCGUCCCAGCCGGUUUGGUGCUGUCGUCCGUGCUGCCUGGGUCGCCGUGUGCGCCGGUGCCUCGGGCUGCUGCGUCGACGACCCGGAGCGGGGCGUCGAUACGUGGUGCGUGGCACCACCACCUGUGGGGACGGUUGACAAGUCUGUGCGGGCGGGUCUUGUUGUCGGUGACGAGGCUGGGAGCAGUAGCCAGUGGCAUUCUCCUGACUCACCUCAAUGCACGCAACCGCUGCGGUGUGCCAACUGCCAUCUGGGACACCCGGUGUGGUCCAAGGAGUGCCCUGUCUUCCAAGAAGAACAGGGCAUCCAGAAGUUGCGUGUUGAAGACAAGAUCUCCUUCGGUGAAGCUAGGAGAAGUCUCCCCGUGGGAUCACACGUCCGCCCCGGCCCGUUUGCUGGGAACAAGUCCUCCCUCAGAGAUGUCGCCAGCAGGUUUGGAGUCGGAGAGUCAACAAUACACAGAAAUUGUGACAGAGUAAUGGAUUUUUUGGUCCAUAUAGCUCCUACAGUAAUCAAGUUUUCAAGAACUCAAGAGGAGAAAGUCAAAGCUGCUGAAGAUUUCCUAGAGGUUUCAGGUUUCCCUGGAGUGUUGGGGUGCAUAGAUGGCACUUUUAUCCCUAUAAGAACACCAGCAAAAAAAAUAAAAUCAACUUAUGUGAACAGGCAUGACCUUCCAUCUAUAACAUUGCAAGGAAUAUGCAGUGCUAAGAAAGAAUUUGUAGAGGUGUUUGUUGGACCCCCAAGCAAGGUGCAUGACAGCAGGGUUUUUCAACUCUCCUUUGUCUCCAGUGAGCUCCCAUCACUUUGUGAGAGUGAGUGGCAUCUGUUAGGUGAUGCAGCAUAUCCUCUGCGUGAAUGGCUGGUUACGCCGUAUAGAGAUUAUGGUAACCUGACUGAAGCUGAGAAGGUAUUUAACAGAACCCAUUCAGGUUGCCGCGUAACCAUAAAAAAUACAUUUGGAAUUCUGAAGCAGAGGUUUUGCCAGUUGAUGAGUGUGGAUGUUUGGACUGUAGACAGGGCAACAAAGCUUGCUGUCCUGCACAAUUUGUGCAUUCGAGGGAAUGACCUAUGGAAUGAAAGUGAUACAGAAACUGUUGAGCAUGAUAAUGUGUUCUUAGAGGAUGUAAAGGGAGAAGCACAACUGAAAACAGCAGGCGAAGUGAAACGGAAUAGAAUAAGAGACAGUUUUCAGAACCUUGGAGAGUAAUUUGUUUUUUGUGAUACAUCAGCUACUCUAAUAUAUGUCAAUAAUGUUGUUUUGUACCCUUUUUAUUUUGUCCUUUUCCUUCCUGAUUGAAACACCAUAAGUUCUCUGUUCAUUUGAGCAUACUUUAGUAGUAUCAUUUUGUAUAGUAUAGAGAAAUAAGGAAGUGUAAGGCUAUUGAAACUUGAAAAUUUUAUGUUUUCAUUUUUGCAUGUAAUGAUGUUUGUUUUGCAGUUGUUACUAGUGACUGCAAUACACUUAGAAAAAAAUGUUCACUUGCAUAUUCAUCCCGUAACCGCGUGUUCAAAUUAUCAUUCUGAGACUACGGUGAAGCUUUCCCAGUCCCUGCAAUUAAAACCUUACUGACACUAAAUAAAUAACACUGGUGUUAAAUGUUAUAUGUUAUUUGCUUAAAGAUAUAAAAAAUGAUUAGAACAAUUUUUUUAUUAAAAAACCAAGUGGGGGUACAUCACCAUAAUGUGCACAAAUUAACUUUGACAUGCCAUUAGGGGAAUAAUAUGCAAGAUAAAUCAUUAUCAUAAUACAGUAUCACAUUCACUAGUAACUACUGCAAAACUACAAUGAUUGCCUGAAAAAAUAAAGUUAUUAAUUUUUCAAGAUCCAAGUGCCUUACACUGCUAAUAAAUUUAAAGUACCUAAUUAGGACAUCAUGACAUAUUUUUAAUCUGUGCUGCUUUAAAAUUGUAUAUAAUGUAAAGAAGUGAGCAACUUUAUUCAGUCAUUGCAUUAUGUAACAAAUAAUGUUUUUUUCUACAUUUGCUUUAUUAAAUAUUUGCUAUAGUCUGAAUGGAUUAUGGAAAUGCAACUAAGGCCAGUUUAACUUAAAUCAACAUGCACAGGACAUACAUUUUAAAAUGCAAGGGAAUGUGUAGGAAUAAUGUAAAAAAGAAAAUUUUUUCUUAUACCAGUUUUACACUUUAGCAUAUAAUUUUGUGAAUUAAACACACUGUUUUCUCAUUUGUGAUUUCUUGUAUUAUUUAUGGUAUUAUAUUAUUAUGAAUGGUUAUGCUUACAUACUGUACAUUAUCACAAAAAUCUGAAGGAAAUAUGUACAUUAUUAGUGUUAAUUUAUUUACCAUAGUUGUAUCUCAAGUACAAUACACUAAAACUAAAGUGUAAUAGGGAAAUAGUAAUAAAUGACUGCUAAAAAAAAUAUUCUUAAAACAGGCCUAAACUUUAUACAGUAGUAAAAAAUACUGAAGGUAAUGAAUCAACUAACAGUAACAGUAUUAAUAAAAUUAAGAAGAUAUUCCACAAAAUCUACAGCCCACUGACGAAACUUGUAAAAAAAAAAAGUAAACAAACAAUUAUGGUACAAACUGGAAACACAAGCUUAGCCGCAAUUAUUUUUUGAAUAGCUCUCUUAAUAGAUUAAGUUUUUCUUGGUGCCUCCGCUCUCUUGCUGCCUCUUUUAAGUUGUGAAGUUCAAGUAAAAUUUGUUUGAUGUCAUUUGUUUUUUUGGAGACUUUCUCUUUUUUUGGGAUGAGAAAUGGUGAUUGUGUGGAUGAUGUAGAUGGUGAUGAAAUGCUGUGAUAUGUCUGUGUGGAUGGAGGGGAGGGUGUGCUUUUCUGAUUAAUUACAAGUCGGUCAACGCCCUUUAGCACUUCUGGCUCUAACGAAUCAUCGAGUGCUGCUAUGGCCCUAAUUUCAGGUUCGAAAGCAACAAUUUGGCGGCUACUUCCAGAAGUUGAGUUUUUCUUUAUUGAUGUCUUUUUUCGCCUCAUGAUAAUUUUAUACCUGUUUUCACAUUGGGUUUCAGUUCUUUUUAAACCUAGUAUAUUGUGAAUAUCUUCUGAUAUUUGUUGCCUCAUGUUUUUUUUGGUGCAAAAUCUUUUCAUGGGACCCACCUUAUCUAAGUAGGUUGCAUACUUGUCCAAAAGUAAUUUAGGUUCGCUAUCACUCCAAUCUCCAUCUGAAACAAAUAUCACAAAACAAUUGAAACCUGUGUAAUGGAUAACAUUUGAUAGUGACGUGUUUCCAGUAUACUAUUUUAAGCCAUAUUAUCAAAUUCACUAGAGACUAAUACCGGACAGCUCCAAGAAAUUUGUGUGAAAACCUUGCGUUGUUGUCACGUCAGUCCGAUAGAUGGCAAACGGUAUGCCCAGUAUGAACAAUGUAUCUGUUAAAUACAUAUGGUACCAACAUUAUGGCAACAAAAAUAACUUUCUUUUCUCUUGGAAAAACCUUUUUUUAAUCAUAGUACAGAUUUAUGAGAGAUAUAAACCUCCAGUUCUUAAAUUUUUUAAAAAUUAAAUUAAUAAUGUUUGACACUAUAUAUAUAAAAUAUGUUUUUAGUUACACCUCUUGCCGCUAGGUUAUUUUUCACACUCUCUCCUCUAGGUUAUUUUUCACACACUCGCCUGUGUUGUUAGUAUAGAGCUGUCCGGUAUUAGUCUCUAGUGUAUUUGAUAUUAUGCUGCUAUUAAACUGUAUAAAAAUAUAAGAACACCAGUUUUAAGUUUUUACAUUAAUUUUAUAAUUUGGGCCUGCAUUUGGCAUUAUUUCUGUCUGUUAAUUAACCCAUUUCAAAGGCCUAUAAUAUCUGUACCCCUGGACCUCUUAACAAUCUUCUUUGUAAUUCCCACUGUAUUUCAACUUUAUUGCCCUGACACAAGCCACAAUUGUUUACUUGGCUUUUAUUUUAAAAAGUAAAUUUGACAAUCAGAUCAUGCAGGUUAGAUAAGUGCCGUAGCACCUAAGCUGAAAUAUCUCUAAUAACUUGGCAGAAAGUUUUGUUUUUUGAAGGAACCAAUAAAAUACCAACAAAGAAACUUGUUUUUUUUUUUUUUUCAUGAAAACUAAUUUAUGCCAUUUUUCAGCUUUAUGGUGACAUAAACUGUACAUAAUCUACACUGUUUUCAAUAACUGUAGUAGGAAUUAAAUGUCUACCUUGUGCCAAUCAUAUGCUUUAAUUUUGUAAACUUAAAUUUAUUUGCCCUGUAACACUGAAAGUGGGCCAACAUUGCACCAGGGACACUUUUCCAUUAGAAUUGCAUACAUUUACCAAAUUGGUGCAAAGAAGAACAGCUCUACUUUAUAUUAUUACAUAAAAUGUAGGGGAGAGUGUUGUACCUAUGGACAAUUUUCAGAAAAAACAUUUUUUCUACAAGUGUUUUUACAAUACUUUAAUUCUGAUUACAGUACAAUAUUUGUUGGUUUUCAUAGGUUAAAACAUUAUUUUCCCCAAAACUUAUCUCUUAAAAUUUUAUUUUUUUCUAAGACAAUCAAAAAAAGGUGCAAUGUGUCCAAAGGUACAUUAUAUACAUGUACCUUUGGACAUUUGUAUUGUACCUUUGGACAUAGCAUUUUCAAUUAGUAUUCCCUAAAUAAAAACUUUAAAUGAAUAACCUAAUUUUACUUAAAGUAAUCUAAUGGUAUUAACAGGUAAGUUAAGUUAAAAAAGUAAGGAAUCUUUACAAAGAUCACAUGUUAGGCAAUUAGUAGGUCAAAAUAUUAAACAAUAUCUUACUAACUUAAUGUACAUUAAGUGAACUAAAAUCAACACUGAAUGACAAGAGUGAAAUUUGUCUUUCAGAACCUCCAACUGCAAUAGGUUGGGGGAGUUUUUUUCUCUAUAUCACUUAUUAGUUUUCUCUACUCUCUUUAGAUAUUUCACUUGAUAUUCUGAAUUGUUAACGACAUUACUUAUUUCAGCCACAAUAAAAAAUCUUUUUCUUUCCCAUUAAUCUAACUAAGACAGUCUCCUGCUUUCACUGUGUUCUCUUCUAAUGACCUUUCUUCUUUAAUUUCUUCUUCUCUUACUGUGUCUUGCAGUAGACUUUUGAAUGUUUCAUUCUCUGAAUCUGUAUCUUGUUCAGUUACGCCGAAGUCAUCUUCCGAACUUGAAUAAGCCAAUUUUCUUUUCACUUUUUUUUUAUGGGUAUGACUUCUGCCUUCUUUUCUUGUUGUUUGUUUGUUUUAUUCUUGUUCUUUGUUUUGGAUUUUUCUUCUUCAACUGCCAGUUUUUCUGGCGUGUCUGUCAUGAUCACAGAUUUUCCUUUUUUCCAUCCACCUGUUUUCUUGCGUGGCAAAGCCUUAGGAAAUGGUCUGAUCACAUAUGGAGAUAUUCUGGAUUGUCCAGCUUCCACAACUUGAUUGCCAUUAGCUGCUCUUGAAGUUCCCACUGUUGAAGGUCCUGGCUGCACAGCAGAACUUGCAUCUUCAGUGAUUUCAUAUGGUCUAUCCGUAACAUUAGGGGGUAAAUACUCUUCAUCGCCAAAAAUAUUUUCAUUCAGUGAGUGUAUCCCAGUAACUUCAAAGGUUAGACUGUUUCUUCAGGCAUUGCAUUACUAUUAACACUUAAUUUUAAUUUACAUUGUUGCAAAUAACUCUUAAGAUAAUCUGAAUGUUAUGAAAAAAAUUGUGUUUUGCUUUAUUGUACCUACCUUAUUUUCAUGCCAUAAUUUGAUAUUUUGGCUGCAAAAAUAAUAAAAACUUAUGGGUUUACUGCUACAAAAUUUAGGUAUUAGUACUAAGUGGCAAUAAUUAAAAUUAACACAGCGAUUCUUCAAUAUCCAUUUUUACAUUAUUUGUUUUUAUAUUUUUUUUUAAUCCAUGUAAAAUCACUAUAUAUGGCCUUAGGUUGUAUGUUAUUUUUAAAGAACAAACACUUGAUAGGCUAUAUAAAAUGAUUUGUUAUGUUUUAAGCUAAAUGCCUCUUAUUAAUUUUAUUACAGCCUAAUUAAUAUUUAUGCUGAGUUGUUGUACCUCUGGACACUGUCCUGAGGUACAACAUCAGCAAUGUCCAGAGGUACAAAACAUGCACUAAUUAAAUAAAAUGGCAUCUUAACCAAGAUUGAGGUUAGAAAACAGCUAAAUUCAUUGUAUUGCUGAAAAGAGCACUUUUCAGAUAUUGUAAUGGUAUCUAGUUAUAAGUAUUAGUAAGAAAAAUAAAUUUACCAAAAAUAAACAAAGACUGACUAAAAAACUUACUUUUAAUGGUGUAAAACAAAGUUCUUCAAAUAGCAGCAGGUUUCAUUGUCUUAUAAAAGUUUCCCUCCAACUAAAAGGUUGUCAAUAGUACUACUACACAUGAGUAGGGAGAAAAAGUUAAAAUUCCCUCUCAUUUAGGCUAAAAUGAAAUUGUCCAGAGGUACAACUGUCCAAAGGUACAACACUCUCCCCUACAUUACGAAUAAAAAAAUUGCAAAAUGCAACAAUGUUAUUACUCAUUAGAUGGAACAUGAAAGAUCUGGAACAACAACAAUUCCACGGGCAGAUAUUUGCUUUGGUUUUCUUAUAACUUCUAAAAUAUCGUCCAUAUCAUACCAGAGUUCAUCUUUUCUUUCAGGCCACUUCCAUUUGUUUUUAGACUUGCACAUUGCUCU